AUGUCCUCGCAAUCCGCACCAGAUCAACCCCACCCCAAACCUCAGCCUGUCUUGGACGAGCAGGAGGCAGACGACGGUGCAGAUAGUACAAGCGCACCAAAUGAGAACAACAGCGACAACGACGCCACUUCUGCGGCCGAAGGUGCGACAGCAGCAGACACAGACACAGGCGAUCUGCCAAUGAGCAUGAGCGCGAGCGUGCUCCUGACGAACCUGCCCAAGGACGCCAGCCACGCGCUGGCGCUGGUCGACGAAUUGGAUGAUUUCAAAGUCUCGGUACGCUUCCAACCGAUCGGGUCGGCGCCGAUCCUGAAGCAGAAGGUGUUCAAGAUCAGUGCGUCGUCGCGGUUCAGCGUGGUGCUGAAUUUCCUGCGGAAGAAGGUUGGGGUGCGUGAGGGCGAUGGGCUUUUCCUCUAUGUGAACAGCGUCUUUGCACCUGGGCUUGAUGAGGGGGUGGGGAAUUUGUUCAGGUGCUUCAAGGUGGAUGAUCAGUUGAUCGUGAGUUACUCGAGAACGCCUGCCUUUGGAUGA